UCAAAUUUCCAUUAGAGGGCGGGACUAGGACGUAAGAAAGGAAGCAGGGAAAGAGGGACGGGAUGAUUGACACACAAGGGAAAUGAGAAUCACCCUCAGUUGUAGAGACGGUUGCUAUGCUUGCUUAGGUCUGGGCGACGAGAACGGAGCUGUUUUUUUUUUUUUUUAAUAUAACGUUGUCCCGAGGUGGUUAUCAUCUUGAACAUGGACGAUAGACAACUUCGCGACGGCGAACAUGCAAAGAAUGCUGCAAAGUCUGGUCGAAGAGCACGUCUUGCAGUUGACUCAUCAGACGAACAGCGACCAAGGAAGACGUCUGUUACUUCACCUGGAGAGGGACCUCCUCCUAAACCCCUAAGACGUCAAGGAGGGUGGGCAGAAGAGACCAGUGCAACAAUCACAUCUAAGUCUGGGAAAAGACAAGCCUCUGAUGAAGUUGAGGAUCAUCGCCUGAGGCCGCAAACACCACAGGAGUCAGACAGUGAAGGAGACAUCCCUGUGAUCCCAGAUUUGGAGGAGGUUCAGGAGGAGGACCUCAGCAUGCAGGUGGCUGCUCCCCCAAGUAUCCAAGUGAACAGAGUGAUGACAUACAGAGACCUCGACAAUGACCUAAUGAAGUACUCAACCUUCCAGACACUGGAUGGGGAGAUUGACCUGAAGCUUCUCACUGAGGUUUUGGCCCCUGAGCAGGAGGUGCAUGAGGAGGAUAUCGGCUGGGAGUGGGAACAUCUAUUAACCGAGGUGUCCUCAGAGCUGCAGACAGAAUGGGAUCAAGGAGAGAGACCGGAUUUGUAUCCCAUGCCUGUUGCAUGAGAAGCCACGACUUUGAGACCAACACCAAGUAGAAACGGGGCCAAUCAUAUCAUUCCUACUGCCUCUGAUGGGAUCUGGGCUGGAGCCCCAAAAGGCUCUGUUGCAGAACUAGCACAUUAUUUUAAAAACUGAAUAAAUCCUUCUUGUAAGAUAAUAGUUUGGUUAGUUGUUUACGUUGGAGUUGUACUCUGAUAUAUAUAUCUUUGUAUACAAAUAAUCUAUUAGCUUUUCUAAUGCUCAAUCGAAUUGCUCCUUUUGUUGUAACCUCUCCUAUCACAAAAUGAAGGAGUUUAAGACCAUAGAUGCCAUGGCGGUACAUUUAGAUGCCUCCCACAAUCACAAUUUGUAUGGCUAUGCUCCUGAAAAUAGCCCCCACGUUUGAACAGGCUGGUUCAUUAUUCAUUAUUUAUUUUUCAUGUAAUUCUAUGUGGCUUUUCCAUUACAAAGCUUCCUGAAAUACCCUAAUAAACGUUGAUUAUAUUUUC